AAAUGUUCAAUAUUUUAUACUUACAAACACUAAUAUAUGCGUUAUUUUGCUUAAAAAUAUUUGUUCGUUAUUGCUAAGCAUAAUUCCUUAAUUUUCGCGUUCAAUUACACAUAAUAUGUAGGAGUAAUUACGUCAACGAUUGAAUCUAUAUUAAAUUAGAUAAUAUAUUCAUAUAAUUAUUAUUUUUUUCAAUACAAAGACAUAUAAAAGUGGAGUGUAAAAUAAGAAUGUUAUCACAACAUUCGAAGGAUAUCCGUGAGAUUCACAAAAUAUUUAGUUUUUUAGAGUUUCUUUUCUGUUAAAUGUUUCAUAAUAUUUGGCUAAAGAAAUUGUAUUUCUAGGCAGAUCGAAAGCGAUUUGAAUUAGUACAGUUUGGAUUUUGGUUGUGGAUCUUUAAUAUUAUCAAAAAAUUAAAAUGCAUUUGAUAGUCAUAUCUUUUAUGACUUUUUGUUUCGCGUUCCCGCCAAUAAUAGCCGAAGACGUUAAUUAUCAAGCAUGUGUGGACAAAUAUUCUAGAAAAGGUUACCAGCCGUGGCAGGAGUGGUCGGACCACUAUACUUGCCACCGCUACCGAUGUGAGAUAAGAGAUGGAAAAUAUUUCAUAGCUGCCGUCGGUUGUCGUAAGCCGAAGAUACCCGAGAACGCUCUGGAAUGCCACGAAUACAUCGAAGAUGAGAAUGUUGAAUUCCCGACGUGCUGUGCUCGGUUGAGAUGCGUCGUUGAAGUGAACGGCGAGAGGAUCGUCCAAACGAGAGGCCAGCCGGGAGAACUCUUCCCUGAUAAGCCAUGGAAGGGCCAGCAGAACGAACCCAACCCUGUAGUCGGCAUGGGCGUCCAGAACACAGGGGAGCCUCAGACACAACCACCCGGCAUCUUCAACAGAGGCGCAGGCAAGCCAAGUAAUAUGUUAGACAGCGAACGAUAUUCCCGACAGCGGAUGGCAGCGACAUUAGCGGUCGGAGAUACGUCGAUCCCUAUCCCAGUCAGCAGCUCCAGGACUCCCCAAGAAAAAAACGCUCUACUAUUUAUCCCUUAUUCGACAGGGGAGCGCCGCGGGACGCACGUUAUCAACCCCACCAAGUCAAAAUCCAUGGUUAUUCACCGGAAAGAUAUACCUCAUAUUUCCCUAACAGUGUAAAAGGAUUGUCCAACCCUAAAUUGCACAUCAACAUGUCUUAAAUAUGUACCAGCCUACCAUUUGUUAUUUUGUAUUCAUAUGUUACACAAUGCAAAUGUUAUUGUUUCAUAUUGCUUACUUCAUAUUAAAAUAAUACUAACUUGUUAACAUUAA